AUGACUCCACCUACCUGUCUGAUGGGUUUUGCUUCGCCCUCUGACAGGAGGUUCCAUCAAAGAAGGCAGGCCGAGCCGGGGAAAACAGUGCUAACGUGGUCCCCUCUCGGUUCGGCGGAAUCAAAAAAGAAAAGAAAAAAGUAUACAAUAGUUAUAUAUAUAUAUUUUUUUAAGUACAUAUUAUGUGCUUACUUUUCAAAAAUAAUACGAUUUUCUGAAUUUUACACUGACAUUUAAUGUAGAACAUUAUUUAGAACUAAAAUGGUAGAGAAUGAAAAAAUUAAAUACAGGUUUAAAUACCAGAUAAAUAAACUUACCUACCUACUCUUGUCGGUAAACGCCAAAACCUGUAUAUAGCCACAUGUGUACCGUGUUCUGUCGUGUAUACCGUAAGCCUUGGUAGCCUGCAAAAAUAGUGACGAAAUGAAACAAAUUACUUACUGAACUCUUGGUUAAAUAUCGAAACGUAAUUGUAUAAUAUAAGAAUGAUACGUAAAACUGUAAAAUUAAAAAACCUAAGUACACCGUUAAUAGCUGUAAUACGCGAAUAUUGGAUGUAGUCGAGCAGAUGCAAUAUUGCGGUAGAAGAAAUUGUAUGGCCUGUGCGUUAAAACAAAUAGCACCAAUAUUUGUUUUAUAUAUAUUUUAGAAGUAUCUAAAUUAAAAAAAAUUAGAUGUUUAUUGAAUAGAGGAAAGCAAGAUUGUAAACAGCGGCACCGAACAUUUUUUAAACCACCGGGGUAAACCCUGUUUGAGGAUAACACCUAUCCACCCGCCUAAGUCGGAUUAAGGGGGUCGGUCUCAGAGCUCAUGUGUUUUCACGAAAUACUUUUUAAAUGCUCACGUUCAAUAUAUUUUUCUAAAUAUACAAUUAUUUUACUACUAUUAAAUACUGAAUGAUAAAAUAUUUAAAUUUAAAACUAGCACAAAAAAAAAAACGGAAUUAUAAAUCUUUAGUAACCAAUAUACUGUGAUUUUAUUAUUUAUUUAUUUAUUCAAUAUUACGGACAAAUGUCCAAUUACAAUAAAAUUACAAUAGUGAUAUGACUAGUGGGUACAUAAACUUACAAUUGCGAUACAUAACAUUUUUUAUAUUUCAUACAUUUUAAAACAUAAAAAAAAAAAACAAAAUUAAAAAUAUACUAGUAGAAAAAAUAUUAAACAAAUAGAAUUUCAUUGGUAAGGUUAUUACUGGUUGACCUAAAAAUAUUCAAAGGCGAGCAAGAUAAAUAAUUUUCAUUUUUGCGGGGCCUCAUAUAUAUUUAUAAAAAUACAUAUUUAUUUAUUUUAUUUUCUAACGAAUUUACUAUGUUUUCAUAUAAUUUCGUAAACUUGAUGGUUUUGUUAGAAAUCUUAAUUUGUACUUAUGUAUAAGCUAAUAAAAUCAAAUUUGUAUUUUUAUAUUAUACACAAAAUAAGUAGGUACCUACUUAGGUACAAACAAUAUUUUAUCAAUUAAUAUUAAUAUUUUAUUGAACACUAUGACAUAAAUAUGACAUAAUAAGUAAACUAUUAUUUGUAAUAAAAAAAUUAACAUAGAUUAUUGUAAUACAACUGAUAAUAUAUGAUAUCGCCUACUUAAAAAAUUUUUUUUUUAUGUAAACAAUUGUCUUAUUGUAGCUCAGAGAAUAUGUUCGAUAUUGAUAACAUAUGUUUGAGUGUUUUUAAGCCAAUAACAAUGUGUUUAGCUUUUUAUAAUUGGUACCAUCUUGAUUUUCAUCUAUAACAACCCGUGUCCUAAGAAAACCACACGAUCACACGAAUCGCAAUUUGCGUACCUACUAUAUUGGGACAAUAUUAUUAUGAUUAUUUAUAGAUAAAGUUAUAUUCAGAAUACAUAAUUUGCGGGGCCCGGUGUAGCCGCACCGCUUGCCCCCUUACCCCUAGGGCCGGCACUCAUACUGCACAACCCUGUUCGUGGUGAUUUUAAUAAUUCAAAUAAAGAUAUAGAAACGAGUUAAAUGAGUUAUACAGAAUGCCCUUCAAAAAAAUGACUUUUUAUUUUACAAUCAUGUUCCAUCGUCUUGCUCUGAUGGUUUUGAGAAUCUCUCUGCUUUCAUCUAUUUCACUGAGUAUUCUUUCGUUGGUACGGUGUUCUAUCCAACUCACUCUCAGCAUCCUUCUCCAACACCACAUUUCAAAGCUUUCGAGUGUUCGUUGUUCUGCCUUAUUCAGAAUCCAUGUUUCGCAGCCAUAUAGUCCCACACUCCAUACAUACACUUUAAUCAAGCGUUUUCUCACUNUCUGGAUCUUAUUUCCAUGAAACAUCUUCCAUCUUGGUUGAUUAGACUGCCUAGGUAUCUAAAAUGGUCCACUUGUUCGAGCAGCUGAUUCCCUGUUUGGAUAUUAAUUCUCCGGAUUCUGUCUGAUUUUUGGCACAUCAUUACUUUAGUUUUUUGCCAGUUGAUAAUCAGCUGAUAUUUUUGGAAGCACCUCGCCAUUUCUUCCAGUGCUCUUUCCAAAUCAUGCUCAUUGUUAGCUAGAAGUGCAAUAUCGUCGGCGAAUCUUAAGAAGAAUAUUAUUUCUCCACCCACUUAUAUUCAUAUCCGAUUAAUAAUUUCUUGGUUACAGUGGCUUUCGCCGUUUCAUCGUAACGAUAAUACAGUGUAAACAAUUAAAUACGUAUAUUGAUUUUUACAGGACGAAUGCAAAAAAAUCCGGUGGAUUGGACGAACUCAUUGAGACGAACCUCACGUUCGAACAUCGAUUCCAUUGGUCGAAAAAUAUUGAAUAUCGUUCUCCGUGGGUCGAAGAUAUGUCGAGAGAAAUUCUCAACCACGUCAAUAAACCCGAACUCUUCGGAGCGCAAAGACAAGAGAUAUUAGAACACGAUGAUAAGGGCGUUUCUGGGAUAGAGAUUUUAGAAGCCGAUUCCAUCCACAAUGAUUGCACCAGUGAAACAGACGACAGCAUCACGUAUGCAGUCGCAAGUAAAUUUUGUGAUACAUUGAUGAAACACUGCAAUAAGACUACGGACGAAACACCUAAAUGCCAAUGUUCUUCGGAUGAACAUUACAAGUGGACUAAACUUUACGAAAAGCUCGUCAACUGUGGGCGACUUUGA